AUGAAUUCGCGUCACGACCGUAUAUGCACUCUGCCACCACCGCCCGUGUUCCUCGACCUGGCGCCCACCGCCAGCUUCUGGCAGCGCGUGCUGUUCAGGGCGCGCUGGACGGCGCUCCCCUGGGAGGGCCACCACGGCAGCGCCGAGCUCAUCCGCAGCAGGAGGAACCUGCUGUUGGAGCGCAGGCGGCAGCUGUCAGGGCACUGGAUGCUCUGCCACCCGUACAGCAUCCUGAAGUUCGGCUGGGACUGCUUCUACUCCGCCCUGACGUUCGUCGUGUUCAUCUACAUGCCCUUUCAGGUGUUCUUGAAUUGCCCCCCGCCGGACGACGCAUUCGUGCUGCUCUGCGACGCGGUCGCAUUCCUCGACAUCGGCGCCACCUUCCUCACUGGUUACACGGACGAGGAGAGCAAGCGGGUGGUAUUACAGCCUAGGGCCAUCGCGAGGAGGUAUCUCAGGGGCGGUUUCGCUACCGACUUAGUGGCGGCCCUACCGCUGCAGCUCUACAGCGAGUUCGACAAGUGCACCUUCCCCACUCACACCGCGAUGUAUCUGUUCAAGCUGCCGCGACUCCGCCCGAUGCAACAGAAGUGGGUCAACCUGCGCAAGCAGCUCGACCUCUCCUAUAUAGCGACCGCGCUCUUAACCGUGUUCUUCAGGACUGUCCUCUUCUUCCAUUGGAUGACGUACAUCCACUACCAGGUGCCUUUGCUCUGCUUGGGCAUGCACGACACGGACACGGAGUGGAUGAAGCGCUUCAGGAGCGUGUGGCUGCCGUACGAGUCGGUGCUGAGGAAGUACACGGCGAACUUGUACCUGACGUGCGGUCUCUGCAUCGGCGCGGGCUAUUACACGCCCGUCACCGUGAACAUCGUACCAGAGUUGCUGCUGACGUCAUUCAUGGGAAUAGUCGGUCUGUUCUUCUUCGUCUACUGCUUCACGACGCUGCUGCGGCUGGUGAUAUACAUGCAGCAGGAGGCGUUCCGCUACCACGGCAGGCUCAAGGAGCUGACGGAGUACAUGUCGCUGAAGCGGCUGCCAGGACCGCUUAGAAGGAAGAUCCUUCUCUUCCUCGACCACGAGUUCAGCGCGGGCUACUUCAACGAGCGCCACAUUAUGAACACGAUAAACGAGCGGAUCAAGCAGGACAUCAACAUGCAUUGCUGCAAACGGCUCGUCGACAAGGUGCCGAUGUUCGGCGGAAUGCCGAUCGCCCUAACGAACACCAUCAUAUUCGGGCUCAUCGAGUACUGUAUAUGCCGGGAGAGG